ACUUAUCUAACUAGUUUUAUGAAAUGUAUUACAAUUUAGGUUUAAUUUUCCAAUUUGAAUCAGAUAAUCAUUAUUGAUUUUUUUGUCCACUUACUGUUGUAUCUGUACUGCACAAGCACUCUGAACCAGUGAUGCGUUAUAUUUAUGCUUCUUCCAACUGUUGUGCUGCAACUGUAUGAAUUUGCUUGUUAAACACUACCCAUCAUCUACAUAAACACACAAACUGAUCAAAAUGCUUCUAAGCAUCACUGGUUAAAAAUAAUUACUAAUGAUAAUUCAAGUUUUGUUUCAAUAUCUUUUAAAUAAAUUGUUAGAUUGUGCUGAUUUUCUUUACUUUAGUUUGGUUGCUCGUUUCGUUUGGUUAAGAGAAAGCAAAUGAUGUUUACAUUAUCUUAAUUUAUUAAUUGGAGAAUGUCUAGCUUAUUACAUUUUAUUUAUAAGAUGAUUACUUAUGUAUAUUUAUUUGCUCAAAUAUGCCCACCCGUGUACAGAGUCAAACCUAUCUUUCAGUCCACCGGAAAUUCCAGCUUUUGCAAUCUACAGUAAAUUACUGGCUGUCCUAAUCAAUAUUCCUCCAUCAGCAUUUACACCUAUAAUAUAACUAACUUAAUUGAGGGCACUCAAUAUUCUGACUCUCACAUUACACAUUCACGACAAUAAAUACAUACACUCGGACACAACUAUCAUUACAAUAUACGAUAAACAACUCUGCUGCCUCUAGGAAUCAUUAGAAGGGACCGAGAUACUCGUUGCCAUGCUCAACCACAAUUCUCAUAUAAGGCGGCAUUCCUACAUGCUUUCUAUAAGGAGCCAAAGAAUUGCUCCCUUCUCUAGGUGGGACACAUAGAGCAAACUUUCCCUGUAUGUUGGACACAUGCCCAGAAGAAAGUACCCAGACAAUGAGAGGGUUUACAGAACCCCAGACCUAUAUUUCUGGGUAACCAGACAAUGAGAGUUUACAGAACUCCAGACCUAUAUUUCCAGGUACCCGGACAAUGAGAAGGUUUACAGAACCCCAGAACAAUAUGUCCAGAUACCCGGACAAUGAGAGGGUUGAUAGAGAACCUGUGAAACAUAGAAAAUGUGACCAAUAAAAAAAAAUGGAGUCGAUGGCAGUUGAUAAUGGUUUUGAUAAAAAUGAAGACCAAGAGAGCCUGAAGAUUUCACUUUUGAACCGAAUCUCUGAAAACAACGAAGCGCAUUUUAAAAGCCAGCAAGUAGGCGAUCCGGACUUAACGACUCACGAAAAGUUCACGAUCGCGAAAGGAAUACUGGACAAAAGCAAAGCCCUGUUCCUGUCCAAAUACGGAAAAUAUUUACUUGACGAACAUUUGAAGUAUUUCGAAGGGAGCGACGACUAUGAAAUCAAUUUUUACCUUAACGAGCUGCAGAAAGGAAAAAAGAAACUUGAAAAUAAGGCUCUCAUAAGGAAUCGACGUCUGGAAGCACUUAGGCAACUUUGCACCGAAGGGGAAUAUUUUUCAGACAUGGAGAUGAAAAGGAGAAAUCCUCUUCUUUUUGAAGAGUUGGUCGGACAAUACCUAACUGAUAAAGAGCGAUCCGAGUUAGAAGAGAACACACAGCCAUCAGACAAGUCGUUUUCUUCUAUAUUUUUUAAUAUUAUCGAAAAGAAUGUAAUGGAUUCGAAGCUUAAACAAGAAAUUCGAGAGGAUUUUAAUUCGAUGGAACCAUUUCUUACUCUGGCCCUUCCAACAAAGUCCUCAAAUUGGGGCGAAAUCACCGAAGACGCACCUUCUUCUUCUAAGAAAGUUUUAGAAAAUUCAAGACAGGAGGAUAUGUCAAAUAACGCGAAAGCGCUUUUGGUCAAUGAGUUCAGGUCUAGAGUCUACUCGGAUUUCCUUGGCGGAAAAGAUGAAGAAUUCGAUUACAGCACGGUGGACGGUAAUGAUGAGUACGAUGACCUGAUCAUGCUGGAAACCGAUCAACAAGACAGUUACUUUGACGCAGAAAGUCCAAAAAUUGUGUACAGUGAUGACAGCAAUGAAGAUGUCAUGUGUGAUUGAAUAAUUUUAAACAAACCUGUAAAUAAAAUAUAGUUUUUAUUUCAA